CAAACACCGAUUUAUUAAUUGAACUGUAUUUCACUGUAGAUCAAAUACAGAUGUAAUACAAUUUCAUCCAUUCUCAACACAUGACGCAAAUUUCAAAACCACAGAGUACUUCACGUAAAUAAACAAAAUUUCACGAAGUGCACGGCAGCAUAUGCGCAAAUUGAGAUGCGCACAGGAGGAUCAGAUCACGAUCCCAAAAGUUGCCUUCUCUCCGUAGACGCUAGUAAUAUCAUGUGAGGAAUAGCAGGUUGUGCAGAAACAAUGUAGCGAUUUUUGACUUACCGUGUAAACAUCCGUUCUUAUCUAAAUAUUGAUAAUUUGUACUACCAGUUUUCUGCAUCAGAAAGUAUUUUUGUACUCGGAUUAUUUUAAGACUUCAAUUUUAAACGUAAAAAUAUUAAUUUCUUUUAUUAAAAAUAGGUUUUUAUUAUUAUUUUUUUAUUUUUAUUAUUAUUAGUGCUUUUGUUAGUUGAUGAUGAUGAACCGUUACCGCAAUAUUUCAUGUAUGUUCGAGAAAAUAAACGUAAUAGUUACCUCAAGAUUUUGCUGUAGAAAUCGUGUAAUCAGUCUUUCUUUAAAUCGAGCUCACUCUUCAGGUUAUUUAUUUACAACUGAGCAUAAGGAACUGAAAAGAUCUGUAUCUAAGAUUAUUGAAAAUGAAAUAAAUCCAUUUGUGAAUGAAUGGGAAGAGAAAGAAGCAUUUCCAGCUCAUGAAUUAUUUAAAAACUUGAAUGCUGGUUUACUUGGUAUCACACGUCCAGUUGCUUAUGGUGGUCUUGGAUUAGAUUAUACAUUCAGUCUAGCCUUUUUUGAGGAACUUGCAAAAAUAAAUUGUGGAGGUGUACCAAUGGCCAUUGUUGUUCAUACUGAUUGUACUACACCAGCUCUAACCAGUUUUGGAAGUGAAAAACUGAAGCAAGAGUUUCUUGUACCAUCUAUUACUGGCGAUAAAGUGUCUUGCAUUGGAAUUAGUGAGCCUGAUCAUGGGUCCGAUGUUUCAGGCAUUAAAACUACUGCUGUGCAAAGAGGAGGUGAUUUAAUUAUCAAUGGUGGCAAAAUGUGGACAACAAAUGGUUGCCAAGCUGAUUGGAUGUGUUUGCUAGCAAAUACUAGGGAAGGCCCACCACACAAAAACAAAUCUUUAAUUUGUGUACCCUUAAACCUUCCAGGCAUUCAUAUUUCAAGGAAGAUUAAAAAGCUUGGAAUGAAAUGUUCAGAUACUGCACAGAUAUUCUUUGAAGAUGUCAAAGUACCUGUUGAUUACAUAAUUGGAGAAGAAGGGAAGGGAUUUGCAUAUCAAAUGAUUCAGUUUCAAGAUGAGAGACUUUCUGCGGCUACAAUAUACUUAGGACAUGUGCCCAAAUGUCUCGCAUGGUUUUCGGAUACAGUAGAGUACUGCCAAAACAGAAAAGCGUUUGGAAAGAAAAUAAUUGAUAAUCAAGUCAUUCAUUAUCGUUUAGCCGAAUUGCAGACUGAAAUUGAAGUCUUAAGAUCAUUAUUGUACAGAAUUGUUGAAAUGAAAAAUGAAAAGCAAGACAUCACCCUUUUGGCUUCAAUGGGAAAAUUAAAAGCUGGUCGUCUUUGCAGAGAAGUAAUGGAUUCAUGCUUACAGUUUUGGGGAGGUAUGGGAUACACAGAAGAUGUGCUUAUCAGCAGAUUUUACAGAGAUGCCCGUCUACUUUCUAUUGGAGCUGGAACUGAUGAAAUAAUGUUAUCAAUUAUAUGUAAAUAUAUGGGCACACUGCCAAAAUAAUAACAAUCUGUUUUGUUACAUUUUAUAUGGUGAUCCUCAGAGUAUUUUUUUACAUUAAAUAUAUUCACUGUUUAUAAAACUUUUGUUUUAUGGUU